AUGUCACCGGGUGACCGCUGCAUCUUUUACGUCCUUUGGAUAACUUUGCAGCUGCUGUUCUCGUUGAUCGGCUAUUAUCCUGCCAUGGCCAUGGCACACUUCAUCCCCUACGUAUCGGAAUUCGAGUACACGCCGCGUUUCCACCCCUCGAGGAACCCCGAUUGUCCUACACGGGUCACCCGCAAUCAGAAUCUUCAGGGCCCUUCUUCAGGGUCCCGGAGCCACCGCCGUUCGCCGGAAGAGGGUCUUCCGAUCGGCCAAGAACCGUCCAUCGAGAUCAGAGCGGUUCUUGUACGCUGUCCAAAAUCCCACGAAGAGACGUACGUAAUUUUCAUCCCCUUAUCAUUUCAUCUUCUCAUCCCGAAUUAAUUGCAGUCUCUUGCCGAACCCGUGAUUCCAGUACAUGGAAAUGGCUACAAUAUCAGUGCUGGUCGUAGCCAGGAUAUAUUGGAAUUUCAUGGCUUCGAUCGGGAUGAACCAGCUCAUCACUCUGAAGUGCGCAGUUGUCGAAGGAAGCUGAUCGUCACGAUGAAAUUUAAUAAUAUUGGAAAGACGAAGACUCAGGAAGAAUUCGUCGUGGUGGAUCACGUUUUAGAUCCUGUCACGAUGCAUAAAGCCCGACUUCUUAACCCUUUUGUGGUUAAAGUUCGACAAGAGCCAGUUUUACAAUUGUACGGUCUCAAGUUUCAAAAUGUAAGUAUCCAAUUGUUCACUUUUAACAAAUAUACCAACAAUCAGUGCGUCAACUCCAGUGAAUAG